AUGUUGUCCACUGUUGAGGAUCGCCACCCGAGACUGUCUAUCCCGAACAGUAGGCCAGAUCCGCCGACACCAUCUGUCCUGGGUAGAUCGCACCAGCGAGCCGAGACGUUACCUGCCGACAUGGAGCAUGGACCAUCUCUGAUCAAUCCCUCGCAUCUGAAGUCUCUGUUGGAAUCGCAAACCAGAGACACUGACCUGCUGUUGCUAGACUUGAGGGUGUCUCAGCAAUAUUUGCAUGCGCGAGUAAAGAGUGCUCUCAACCUUUGCACGCCUACCACGUUGUUAAAACGAGCGACCUUUAAUCUUACGAAGCUGCAACAAACGUUUCAGAAUCCCGAAGACAAAGAGCAAUUCACGAAGUGGGCAUCCACGGAAAACCUAGUCGUAUACGAUUCGCACUCUUCAGAAAAGCGCGACGCCGUGUCUUGCGUCAAUAUGGUUAAGAAAUUCGUCGCCGAAGGCUACCAAGGUGGCAUGUUCAUCUUGCGAGGCGGUUUUAAAGCGUUUUCUGAAGCAUACCCUGACUUUGUCGAAACCGGCGCUCCAUCCGGCAUCAACGACGGCUCUGGACCCCUCGGCAACAACAGUGGUGGCAACGCAGGUAUCCUGCCCGUCAUUGGAGGCGUCAUGCUACCGAACGCAUCAAAUAACCCCAAUCCGUUUUUUUCGAAUAUCAGACAAAACAUGGAUCUCGCAGACGGAGUCGGGCAGCUCGAAAUUGCGCGACCCAAAGGCUUGGACUCUCCUUCACUCCCACGCUGGCUCCGAGACGCAUCCACCAUUGACGAUCACGGCAAACAGGUGUCGGACAAAUUCUUGCACAUUGAAAAGGAUGAGCAAUCACGCAUGAAGAAGGCCUAUUCCGUCUUUGACCCGGAGUCCAAAUCAAUGGGUACCAUUCCAGUUCAACUUUCGGGUAUCGAGAAGGGUGUGAAGAAUCGCUACAAGGACAUUUUGCCCUUUGACCAUUCUCGCGUUAAGCUGCAGGGCCGAGAGAGUGGAGCUUGCGAUUAUGUCAACGCCAGUCAUAUCAAGGCGUCGAGAAGCAACAAGCGAUACAUUGCGGCUCAAGGGCCUCUACCUGCCACUUACGAGGACUUCUGGUCCGUGAUUUGGGAUCAAGACAUUCGGGUCAUCGUCAUGUUAACAGCCGAGUCCGAAGGUGGCCAACUUAAGUGCCAUCCAUAUUGGAAAGGCAACGAAUUCGGUCACACCAAGCUCAGGCUCCUGUCUGAGAAGAAAGUCUCCCUUGACAUUGACAAGCAUCGUUCUGGUUCACAUGCACAGACGACAUCUCAACCGUCAGCAGGCAUGGGCCGAAGAAGAGCAAAUACGACGACAUUUACGAAGUCGCUAGAAGGCGCAACGCCGGCCCCGGUUUCCACAUCAUCCAGCGACUCGCCCUACGUCAUCGUUCGCAAGUUCGCCAUGUCACACGCAGCGCAUCCAUUUGCCCCAAUUCGUGAGAUCACGCAUCUUCAUUAUCCGUCGUGGCCUGAUUUUGGUGCACCGGCUCAACCUUCCCACCUCCUUGGUCUGGUGGAACUGGCCAAUGUCAUGCAGCGCGCGGCUCUGCCUGUAGACACGCCAUCGGUGACUGGCCCUCGCGCAUCGCCAGAUCCGCCGAUGGCUUGGUACGACGAGCCGGAAGCUGAUGCACAGGCGCGACCAAUGCUGGUGCACUGCUCGGCCGGGUGCGGUCGCACUGGAACUUUUUGCACCGUGGACAGCGUGAUCGACAUGCUCAAACGGCAGCGGCUGGCGCGGACGACCUUGAAACCGGUCCGCAAGCGCGAUUCGGACGGCGACAUCAAGAUGAGCGGAGAGCGCCAAGUAGAGGAAGUGGUGUCACCGAAGACGGCCCAGGAAAAGGCGUUCAACUUUGCCACGUCCCCUCAGCGGUCGAGUCGCUCAAGCCCAGAGGGCAAGCCAACUUGGGAGGGCCCCUCACUCAACACGGCGUGGGUGGGGGAUGACACGAUCGACCUCAUUGCUGAGACUGUGGAGGACUUCCGUAGCCAGCGACUUAGCAUGGUCCAGAGUCUCCGCCAGUUUGUCCUGUGUUACGAGACCAUAUUAGAGUACAUCUACAGAUUACAUGAGGGGGCAAGCGUGGGUGCGGCAACCGGCGGCAGGAGCAGAGCCCGAAGCGGUAGCCUCCAGCACCACCGGCGCAGCUGA